AAAUGGUUAUCUCCAAUUACUCUGGAAGACUGGUAAAGUAUCUUUUUACAUGAGUUAUUUUCCUUCUGGUUGCAGCCCCAUGCUAUGCUGACCUGACUCUGGUGACAUCGUCAGAUUUCAUCAGAGUUUAUGACUCUAAUGAUAACCAAACAAGGAAUAUGAUCACUGAAUUGGAGAUUGCUGGGUUUAGAAAUUAUCCUUUUUUCUCAACGAAUACAACAGUACCUGGAAGAGCAUGCUAUUUAUCAAAAGAUACUCUUACAGUAGAAAAUUUUGAAGAUAGUUGUUUAUCCAAAGUGAGUGGCUCUGAGGAUUAUAAUUGGGUUAUUAUUAUCAAAUUUGAUACAGAGAAUUUCCUCUCCGUUUUGAAUACCAUUUAUAAAGACCUCCCUCUUGUCAAAUCUGUAAUUUUCUCCUAUGAAGGUACGCCUCAUAUUCCAAGUCCUGCACCAGACAAGACUUCACCAGAGAUAAUUUCUUUUGGAAGAGGAAUUGAUAUUAGAGAAAUUAAUCUUUCCAAGUACUCCUUUCCAAGAUCUGAUGAGUAUUUCAUAGAGCAUUCUCACAAAUAUACAGAAUUUUGUGAAGUCAUGAAUCCAUCUUUUAAAUUCUACUUAAUCGCAAUUGCAAUAUGGGGUCUGAUAACUGUUUUCCACAUUCUUUGGACAUGGAUCUUGAGGAAGGAUUACUCCAAGCACCUUCAAAAGAUUCUCCUAUUCAUUCCUGUUUUCUUUGCUGGUUACACUCUGAUUGAUUAUGUAUUCUUUCUGUCAUGCCCUUGGGAUACUAAGAAUGGUGUUCAGUACCUCCAGAUAAUUCAGAUUGCCUUGGUAACUAUUUUCAACACUUUAUUCGUGGGUCUUUGUUGUUUCAUCAGUAAAGGAUGGGCAAUAGUCAGAAAUAGUUUUACUAGAGAAGAACUUAGCUCAAUCACAAUGAUAGUUGGAAUCUUUUAUCUGGUAUACAGUGCAUACUUUAUUGCCUCCGAUAUCUCAUCUCUACGAGUGAUAAUAACAGUUGUAUUGAUAAUAAUGUACUUGUGGGUAGCCCUGACCUGACUGAAAAACUCCAUAGCCAACAUCCGUACUCUUAACUCGCAUAUUUCAGGGACUGGACCAGAUGAAGUAAUUUUAGAUUCCUUAAAACUGAAGAAAUCAAUAAUGGUACACUUUUGUAUAAUAACCUUGUUGUUCUAUCUGAAUAAGAUAAUCCACAGUGCUUUAAAGACCUUCCUUAAGGAAAAUUCAACAGUGAGGAAUGUUAUCAUUAUUAACUUGUUCUUGGAACUAUUGAUCAUUUCCUACUUCUUGUUGAUUUUCAGGGCUAGAAAAUGGCCAGAAUACUUUAGCCUAGAUAUCUUUUACCAAAGAAUUGGCAAUGGAGAAAAUGAUCAGGCUGUUCCCAAGAGUAUUAUCCUCAGCGCAGUAGUAUCCUCACAAUGGAUCAACCAGCCUGGAAACAGAGAUUAUGGGAAUAAAGACAUUAUGGUCAAUGGUGAAGAAGUAGAAUAUUUAGGAAAUGAACAAUACAAAGAGCCUCAAGUCGCUGUUCUUGUAGAUGCUUCUGAUAAGGAAAAUCAUAAAUUGCUAAAGUUAUUGAGAGAUGAAGAGAACCUCAGUGACGAUGAGGAGAUUUAAAAGCAUCCUAAAGAAUUGUAUUAGAUA